UUCUCCCACCGUCUAAUCGGCAACCAACAAAACAUUCGGCAGUCUCUGCUUUCCUCCCCUGUCGCUAUAUCACUUUUUUUUAGCUUUUUGUUUUAAACCCUAAAGCGUUCUCUCUCUCUCUCUCUCUCGACCAACUCCUUCGCUCCCAAGUCGGUUCUCUCACUCCUCUUUAGGCUCCCGUAUCUCCUGGACUCUCAUUUCUUCACAAAUAUUUGAUUUUUCUCUCUCAAGAGUCGAUGUUGAUUUCGGAGAAGUUUGGAAGGUAGAGAGCGGUGAAUAUGAUGAGAUUUCCAGCGUUUUUGUUGCUUCUUCUUCUUGCUCUCAAUUGGGAAUCUCUCUUUGUGCCAUCUGAAUCUGUGACAGAUGAUGAGAUUUCGGCAUUGCAAGCUUUCAAGAUGGCCAUUUAUGAUGACCCUCUCUCGAGAUUAUCGGAUUGGAAUAUCCAAAAUGGAAAUCCAUGUGGCUGGUUUGGCAUCUCAUGCUUGGAUUCUCGCGUGGUUGCCUUAAACCUUUCCAAUUCAUCGUUGAAAGGAUUCCUCGCUCCACGGCUUGGCUCUCUAAAUUCUUUGCGGAAACUAGUUUUAAAUAACAAUUCUUUUCAUGGAUUGAUACCUAGACAACUUAGCAUGUUGAAAAACCUUACUGAGUUAGAUUUGAGUUUCAAUCGCCUAUCUGGACCGAUUCCUACUGAGAUUGGAAAGUUGACUAGAAUUGUGAAAAUAAAUAUGCAGUCUAAUGGAUUGAUUGGUACUUUGCCCCCUGAGCUUGGUAAGCUGGUGAGGCUUACUGAACUACAGUUGGAUAGAAACAAGCUUAAUGGAGACAUUCCUGGAAGCAGCAAUUUAAACAAAUCUGCCUCCUACGCUAAUGGCACUGGCUUAUGCCAACUGCGUCAGCUACAAGUUGCAAACUUCUCAUACAACUUUUUUGUUGGAAAAAUACCCUUAUGCUUGAAGUAUCUUCCCAGAACAAGCUUCCAAGGAAACUGCCUCCAAGGUGAAGACUCCAUCUCACAACGCUCUGCUCGACUAUGUAGCUCUGCAAAUAGCCAGCAAGGUGCCAAUGACACAUACAACAGUGCCUAUGAGGGGAAAAGAAACAAAAAGCCACGGGAACCUGUGUGGCUUCUGAUUCUGGAAAUCACCACAGGAGCUCUUGUGGUCCUUUCUCUAGUAACCUGUACCGCUGCUGCUUUUAAAAGAUGCAAACCAAAAUCAUCUGCUAUUCUUCCAUGGAGAAGAACCACAGACUGGAAGGACCAGAAAACAAUAUCAAUUGAUUGUGAGUUACUGAAAAAUGUAUUAAGAAUAAAUCGCCAGGAGCUUGAAAUAGCUUGUGAAGAUUUCAGCAACAUAAUUGGGUCAUCUCUGGAUAGUGUAGUUUAUAAAGGUAAUUUGAAGGAUGGGCCUGAAAUUGCUGUUAUAUCACUUAGCAUUUCGGAAGAUCACUGGACAGGUUACCUUGAGCUUUACUUUCAAAAUGAGGCGGCAGAUCUGGCUAGAUUAAAUCAUGAAAACACAGCAAAGUUGCUCGGCUAUUGCAAAGAGAGUGAGCCAUUUUCAAGGAUGCUUGUUUUUGAAUAUGCAUCAAAUGGGACACUGUAUGAGCACCUUCACUAUGGUGAUGGAUGCCAGCUAUCCUGGUUCAGACGAAUGAAAAUUGCUGUCGGUAUUGCUCGUGGACUAAAAUAUCUACAUACUGAAUUGCAGCCUCCAUUCACCAUGUCAGAGUUAACCUCCAGUGCAGUAUAUCUGACUGAAGAUUUCGCUCCAAAGUUGGUUGAUCUUGAAAGGUGGAAAAUAAUCCUUUCAAAAUCAAGAGCAGACUCUGGUUACAUCAUUAAUGGAGGCCCUUUUCAUGGAUCUGUGAUUUCCUUAGAGAGACGGCAUAUGGAUGUCCAGGGGAAUACAUUUGCUUUUGGAGUACUGCUACUAGAACUAAUCAGUGGGAGACCUCCGUUUUGCAAAGACAGAGGGUGCUUGGUAGAUUGGGCUCGGGAGUAUUUGGAGAAGCCAGAAGAGAGAGGAAAGUUGGUAGACCCUGACCUGAAAAAUGUCAAGUCUGAUGACCUCUCCAUAAUAUGCAAUGUCGUGAGCCUUUGCAUAGAAUGUGAACCAUUUAAGAGACCAUCAAUGCAGAUAGUAACUGCCAUGUUGGAGGAUGGUAUUGACACCUCGGCAGCUGCCCUUCUCAAGGAAUCUCCUUUGGUGUGGGCAGAGGUGGCCCUAUCCUCGUAGUUGUCAGUCUUCAAAAUGUGAAUCCAAAAUGUACAUAAGAAACACCUUGUUUUUCUUCCUCCUUUCUUUUCUUCUCCUCUUAUUUUCUUAUAUUGGUUAGGCUUUAGAGCCACUUGCAUGGCAUUUGGCGUCUACUGUACAGUGUCUAGUUAAUGAGUAGACAUGUCGUUUAAAUUUUAAUGAAAAUCCCUGGAAAUUUAUAGUCCCAUAUUGUUUGCUUUU